AUGACUGCACCCACCGCACCUGCAAUGAAGACGACCAAGGCCCGUGGAAUUUCGGCUCUGACGCUUGCGUCAGAAACGGGCAUAAUUUCCUUAGCCUCUGGCUCCUCGGCAGCAGCUAUGAAGCGCAAGCCGCGUACGCAUUUGGCACGCAAGGCUGCAACGCUUAAUAUGACUCUAGAGACUGCCGCAAAACCCGCAGAUACUGGUCACACGUCAGGGCCGCUUGAGACCCUAGAAACGGCAGCCACAGUAUCUUCAGCCUCCGACAUCACGAGAACAUCAACUCCAACAGUGGUCAACAACAAACGCAAGACAAGCCUUAGUUCGAGCCGUUCCCGUGGUAUACCGAGUGGGACUCCAAAUACAACCGAGAUGAAUAUGGAUGCUUCUCUCACAGUAGCAACAGCACCACCGUCAUCAUUGUCUUCGGACAUGUCAAACGCAUCAUCGACGGAUUUGAGACUAGUUUCUGCCUCCGUAUCGGGACCAACAUCUAGUGCUCAAUUACCAGCUCUUAUCGCGUCGCUUCUGGAUGAAUCUGAAUCUGGUGACGUUGAUCGGGAGGAAGUCAUCUGCGAAUCCGAACGCAAGCGCAAACGCGACGUUCUACUUGCUGCAAACGGUAAUGUAAACGUAUGUCAAGAGGAUGAGGAGGGUGAAUUCGAAAUAAUGAUUUCUGAUGGUCCAUCCAAAGACGAGAGCUCGGAUUUUGAGGAUAGUAAAUUGGCAUCCCUAAACUUCACCGCAGACUGGAGCGAUGAUGCCGUCGCUGCAUACAUGGCUGAUGCGAGCCGCGAUAUCAACGAUGAUGACACGCUAUUACCUCUGGCGAAAAACAAAACAGAGAUCAAGGAAUGGGAAAUGACAGGAUGGGAACAAGUUCAGGCUAGUACAGCAGUACAACAUGAAUAUCCUGGUUUGUACCAGGGUGAAUGGGGACCGACACAAGACGUUCUUCGUUUCGCUGAUUCGCCAAUCAACUUGUUUUGGUUCUUUUUUUCAAAGGCGCUGUUGCAUACGAUAUUGGACGAGUCCAAUCGAUACGCACGCCAAAAGGUGCGACGUUUAUCGACUCAUUGGAGCACGUCGAUCGUUGGAGCAAUUCCAAGUGGGACUUUCGGAGCCUGGAUGCCGCGAAACCGGUUUGAUGAGAUCAUGCGUCAUCUCCACUUCUCAGAUAACACAGACCCGAUGGCCAAACAGAAUCGAGCCUGGAAGAUCCGGCCCACCAUCAAUACGCUUCAAACCACAUUCAUCCAAGGCUAUACGUCGGGCCCUGUUCUAUCGUUUGAUGAAGGGAUGCUGCCUUCACAUUCAAAAUUUAAUGGCACCCGGACUUACAUGCGUGACAAGCCGCACAAGUGGGGAACGAAGAUGUUCCUUACUUGUUGUCUAAGGACAUCAUGCUGUUUGAGGUUGGAAGUGUAUUGCGGGAAAAAAGCUCACCUCAGUGGACCGCAAACAAUCGAUGACAAAUCUGGACCUGCAGCUGUGCUCCGCUGCAUGAAUAAAGUUUUGCCAAAGAAUCGUCGUGCUCACUACACGGUAGUGAUCGAUAGAUUCUAUACCUCGGUCGCAUUAGCCUUGGAGUUGCUGGCGAACAAGAUAUAUUCCGUCGGCACGAUUCAGACACAACGCAUUGGUUUUCCCAAUGAGCUGAAGGACAAGCGAAAGAAACGACCGAAGGAUGUACCACGCGGGUCAUACAAGAUUAUGCGGUCAAAAUCAGUUUCGGCAAUGUCUGCGUGCUGUUGGUGGGACAUCAAACCGGCAUAUCUACUUGCAACUGGGGCGAGCACUCAAGAGUUUUCAAUUAGCCGCAACACAUGGGUUGAAGGCGAGCCGUCAGAGGUCCCAUGUCCUAAGCUGGUCAAAGACUAUCACCAUGGAAUGGGAGGGGUGGAUGUCCACGACCAGCUUAGACUGCAACGAUACUCGGUGCAAAUAGCAUUCACGUUUAAGAAAUACUACAAAACUCUAUUCCUCGGUUUGCUUGAGAUGGCUGUUGUCAACGCGUAUGUCGUUCACCGAACACACUACACAAUGCUCGGAAGGCACAUUCAGCCUUCCUGA